UACAACAUACUACAUUAUUGCAUGCAGUGCGAAUGGUUGUCGUCCUGACCCUUUCGAAAUUUGCAGACCCGGCGUAAUUGAGAUUAACAAAUACCUUAAAUUGCAUUUCUACCUUCGUUCUGGUAAGACCGGCAAGACCAAUUGGACUAAAGAUUUAAAUGUGUUGUUCAUGACAUGAUUCUCUUUUAAAAAAUACUUUAUUAGCUAUUAGCAGGCAAUUAAUAGCAGGGUUCGGCUACAUUCUCGAGACUACUUGACAUUUUUCAAAAAAAGAAACAGUUCGGACAUGUCGGAAGGAUAUCCUAUAGGUCUGGAACUCCUUGAUAUGUAACUUGGUAUGUCUGUCAUCGGCUGCAAAUUGGAGUAGGUAGGUCGGGAUAAUUAGGCGCUUAUUUAGAUAAGUUGUGACGAGGUCUAUAUAAGGCAACUGAUCCACUGGAGUGUCGAGAACGGCAUGCUGGCAAACUCAUAAAUGCAAGCAUAAAAUGUGGCGUUGACGAAGUGCCUUCACGUUGCAACUCCACGACUUCAGUAUCCUAAUAAAAAUGGAUGGACAAAUGGAGCCCACAGCCGAAGUCGGCCGUCGGGAGGAGGACGAUGAGGAAGAGCAGUCCCCCUGGAAAACUAAUGGCCCAUCAGUGAAUGAAGAUUACCGCAGCCUCAGCUUAAGUACGACGCUCCCAAGCUUGGAGGAAACAGUGCAUGGCAUGACACGUCCCCUCAUGUUUUCUUGCGUUGCCUGCUGCUUGGGUACAUCUUUCCAGAGUGGGUACAACCUUGGCGUCUUGAACGCACCACAGAAGAUCAUUGAAGACUUUUUGGGAGAUGUACACUUUUCCCGGACCGGACAACCUCUUGCUGCCGACUUGCUAACCUGGUUGUUUGCCAUCAUUGUGUCCAUCUUCUGCAUAGGAGCAAUUUUUGGUGGAUUGGCGGCCGGACCUUUGGCUAAUCAUUUCGGACGGAAGGGUGCCAUGUUGUUGAACAACCUGUUCACGAUCGUUGCCGGGUUAAUGUUCUGCCUCAGUAAGACGGCCAUGUCGUAUGAGAUGUUGGUCGUAGGGAGAUUUGUAGCAGGCUUCUCAGCAGGAAUCAGCACGGCCAUUGGGCCGCUUUACGUGUCCGAGGUCGCCCCAAUGUCGAUACGCGGUGCAGUAGGAUGUCUGAGCCAGUUCACAAUAAUUCUUGGCAUUCUUACGUCCAUGAUACUGGGCCUACCGUCCAUCCUGGGGACAGCAGAUUUAUGGCCAGCUCUUCUUGGUUUCAGCAUGGCACCCGCCUUCCUGCAACUCAUUCUGAUGCCAUUCUGUCCCGAAACUCCACGAUUCCUGCUCAUAACCAAAGAGGACUCUGAAGGGGCGAAGAGAGCACUGACAACUCUUCGAUCAACUAAAAACGUCAGCAGAGACAUUGAAGAAAUGAUUGCGGAGACGGCGCUCUAUAACCGCAUGACAAAGGUUUCAAUCGGGGGUCUUUUCAAAUACAAAGAUUUACGGCAGCAAACCAUCGUCAGUGUAAUGCUGCAGUUAUCGCAACAGUUCUCGGGAAUAGGAGCGAUUGCCUUUUACUCGACCUCUUUCUUCCAAUCAGCGCAUCUGUCUCCAGAGCAGGCCUCUUACGGCACCAUAUCCGUCUUCAUCGUUAACGCGAUCAUGACAUUUGUCGCCAUGAUGGUGAUGGACCGGAUGGGACGGAGGACUCUGCAGCUGUAUGGACUGGCUGGCAUGUGGGCGGCCAGUAUGCUUAUCACCAUUUCCUUCCUAUUCAAGGAACAGUGGCCGGAGUUUUCCUAUCUACUGAUAGUGUUUACAAUAAUCUAUGUGAUGGUAUAUGCGAUUGGACCAGGGCCCAUCCCGUGGUUCAUGGUUGCAGAAUUCUUCCCGCAGGGAUCCAGGGGUGCGGCAGUGAGUCUGGCCGUCAUCUGUAAUUGGUUGUCUGCUUUUAUAAUAGGCAUGAUCUUCCCGUGGAUGCAAGGCGGCCUUGGCGACUACGUCUUCCUCCCCUUCGCUGCUCUUCUUGCAGCCUUCUGGUUGUUCACGUACCUUAAGGUCCCGGAGACCAGAAGACGCACGAUUGUUGAGAUUACCAGUAUGUUCCAAGGCGGAGAUAUUCGAGGAUCUGGAUUGGUGGUCAAUAGAGAGGGAUAUCAGGAGUGUGUAAAUUAUGACAGUACAUCUUAUAGAGCACUUGUUGAUUAAAGGGGCGGCAGGCAGAAUAUCGCCGGGCGAUCUCGAGGUCAAAACCUACACAUUGUAUGUCUUUCAACCCAGUCUAUAUCUAUAAUUGCUACUUAACUAUGUAUAGUUUUCACUUGAAAUGGUCGAUUUUACUGAACAAAUUUUGCACAU